UGCACUUGUCAGUCUGCAUCGUAUUCUUGGAUAUGGACGACCUUUUUCGUUGCUUCUGACGCUUUUCGUUAAGACUGUCAGGGACUGCAAAACAAAACCGGAGUAAAAAAAAAGGGCAACAAAGACGCGUCCUAGGGGGUGGAAUUGUCGUUUAUCGGGGGUAAUUCCGUGCGGCUGUGUUUUGGAGUGCUUUGUUUUAUUGGGCUAGUCACGUCAGUUAGCUCUUGAGGGAACUAGCUGCGGUUUGACGUUGGCUAGCAACGCGAAUUACCUAGCAGCACGCGCAUAGCUGUUUUUAUUGUUGUUGUUGUUGUUGUUUGUUUUUUUAAUUAUUAUUAAUGCAUGUCUUUCGAAUUGCACGCGCUUCGUGUUUGUAUUUAAGCGCAUAUCAAGUGUCUAACACUGGAUAGGAUAAUGCUAACGCUAACACCAGUGCUCGGUGUCCCGUUGGCACAACAUAGGACUGAGCUAGCCAUUUUGUUGUGCUUGUACAAUUUCUAAAAAAAAAUAAAAUAAAAUAAACAGAAAUUGUUUUUUGUUUGUUGUGCACAAAAAAAUCAGGACUGUAUUUAUUGGUCAGUAAUAAAACAACGCCAGUGCACGGUUUGAGUGAUUCUGUAACAACAACGGAAAAAUAAAUAACGCACGCGCACAUUUUUAGCCUUAUACUUGACAAAGCUGGUUGUUUUUGUGUUUAUGCAAAGUUUAGUGCAUGCAAACUUCCCUUUUCAGAAAAUAUGAUUUUAAUGCAUUUUGAUGCACGUGUAAAUUGAUGUGUGUAUGUUGGGACACGCCACAUAGGCAGGUUUGAGGCACGCGCUGCUCUUCAUGCAAACAAGGAAAUGAAAUAAGAGAGAAGGUUGGGGGGAAAAAACGCCAACUGUGCGGAAGGGGAAGAAGAGUCCAGUAGCGUUCACACUCUUCUGAAGUGUGUGCGUGUGGCUUCACAUCGUCCUGGAAGGGUUUGAAUGAAUCACAGAGAAAAAUCCGUUUUAUUCAAAUAUGCGCCAUUUUUAGACAACUCAUUGGCUAGAAAGUAGAGAACCCCGUCCGGUCUCGCGCGCGUUUCCUUUUUAUUUUAUUUUUCUUUCUGUCCCGUUGACCAUGGUCGGGUUCGGAGCGAAUCGCCGCGGAGGUCGGCUCCCGUCCUUCAUCCUGAUCGGCAUGAUGGUGAUUCUCAUCCUGCUGAGCUACAACUACUGGAGCUUGUCGCGGCUGUACGGGCGCGCGCUGGAUGAGCUGGCCGAGGUGCACGCGCAGGUGAAGCGCACGGACGCCGCGCGCAGCCGCCUGGAGAAGCGCAACUCCGAGCUGGUGCUGCAGGUGGACACACACCGGCGUCAGAUCGACCAGAAGGACGGUGACUACAGUGUGCUGGAGGGUAAACUGCAGGCGAGGGACGCGCUGGUGAAAAAGUGUACAGAUGAAAAGAUGAAGCAGCAGAGUGAACUCGCACAGAAGACCACGGAUAUCACCCGGCUGAAAGAGCAGGUGAAGGAGAUGAGGGAUGAGAUUAUUAGGCAGGAGGAGCAGCUGAAGGAGGUGAAGAAGAACAACACUAAUCUCGAGAGGAAGAUGGAGUAUGAGAGCCUGCAGUGCGGCCGACAGAUUGCGCAGCUCAAAGACGAGUACGAGGAGAGCAAGAAGCUACUGGAAGAGACAGCUUCCAAAUUAAAAAAGGAACAUUCGGUGGAGAUUCGUAAAGCUGGUGCAGAGGCUGCUCCGCCUGAGCGAGGUACAGAGACGGCAGUAGAGCACCACCCAGUGGCCACACAGCGACACAACAAGCCCGAGAUGAAAGAGGAUUUGGGGAAACCAGGAAGUGAUGCUGGAAUGCCUGGUAUUGAAGACAGUGAAGUGGGAAAGUUGGAUGAAAUGCAGUUUGCUUUGAAAAAGCCAGCCAUCACAGCGCAGCAUGCCGUGCCAGCGGAACCGGCGUUGGUGCUGCAGGUCAAACAGGCUGGAGCUGGUGCAGGUCCUGAUGCUGGACCUGAUGCUGCUAUCGACACUGGAGCAAGAGCAGGAGCUGGUGCUGGAGCUGGAGAGGAACCAGUGUUUGAUGUUCCUCGUGGACUUCCUCUGGACCGUCCCGACCUUCCCCAGGACGGAGGAGCAGGAAAAGGUCUCCCGCCAAUCCAGCAGCAGGUUCCUCAGCCACUCAUGGACAGACCUGUAGUGGCGAAUGAAGGCAACAAGGCAGACGUUCAAGCAGACGAGUUCGGAGAGCAGCGGCGCCAAAUGAGAGAUCCUGAUAAUCCUGGUGCAGCUCUGCCUCCUCCCCCGAAUCCUGCUCAGGUUCAAGCCAACGCCAUCGAUCCUCAGAGAGACGCUGCCCCCCCUGCACCACUCCGACAUCGGCAGAGCCGCUUCUUUGAUGAGAACGAGUCCCCCGUAGAUCCGCAGCGCACCUCCAAGCUGGCGGACUACAACGGGGACGACGGCAACGUGGGCGAGUACGAGGCCGACAAGCAGGCCGAGCUGGCCUACAACGAGGAGGAGGACGGCGACGGCGGCGAGGAAGAUGCCCAAGACGAUGAAGACCGGGAAGUCCCAGGAGAUCGCGGCGUGGACUACGGCAAGCGACACCAAGCCAUCGACAUCCUGUAGCCUCGGUCUGGAAUCUCGAAUCGAGACGUCUCUCAUUAUUCAUACGUACGAGACUGGAUCGGCAACAAAAAAAAAUAUAGUAAUAAAAAUAAAUGAAAUAUCAAGAA